AUGAUGGAGAAGCACGACGAAAAUGCCACUCACGAUUCGGAGGCUGGCCAAAUGGUUGAGAAUGCCGAGUACAACUUAGCAGAACAGCACGAUCAGCUGGCUCGUGGGCUAAAGAGUCGUCAUAUCCAGUUUUUGGCCCUUGGUGGUGCUAUUGGUACUGGUCUCUUCAUCGGCUCAGGAGGUAUUCUGUCUUCCACGGGUCCUGCACCGCUCUUCAUGGCCUACCUCUCCAUGAUGAUGAUUGUCUGGGUCGUUAUGAACUGCCUUGCUGAAAUGGUCACCUAUCUGCCAAUGCGCGGCAUCACUGUUCCUUACUUCGUUGAUCGCUUUGUUGACCCAAGUCUUGGUUUUGCUGCUGGUUGGAAUUACUGGUAUGCCUAUGCCAUCCUCAUUGGUGCCGAAGCCACCGCUGCUGGUAUUAUCAUUGAUUAUUGGGGUGCCAACGUCAACAUUGCGGUAUGGAUCACCAUUGUUUUGGCGGUUAUCCUCUUCCUCAACAUUAUUGCGGUCAGCUUCUUCGGCGAAGCUGAAUUUUGGUUUGCCAGUAUUAAGCUCAUCACCAUCAUGGGCCUCAUCAUUCUUGGUGUUGUCAUUUUCUUUGGUGGCGCUCCCAAAUCGGAUGGUGUGCUCGGAUUUCACUAUUGGAAAGACCCGGGAGCCUUCGUUGAGUACAAGGCGUCUGGCAGCACUGGUCGCUUUCUUGGAUAUUGGCAUGCUUUCGUCUCGGCCGGCUUCGCCUUCAUCACCUCGCCCGAAUUGAUUGCCAUUGCCGCUGGUGAAACUAUUGCUCCUCGACGCAACAUUCCCAAGGCAGCUCGUCGAUUCGUCUGGCGUCUGGCAAUCUUCUACGGCCUUGGUUCGCUCGUCAUCGGCAUCAUGGUGCCUUCAAACGACCCUCAACUCCUGAAUGCCGAGAAAGCGGAUGCAAGCGCCUCACCUUUUGUCAUUGGUAUCCAGAACGUUGGCAUCCCUACUCUGAACCACAUCAUCAACGCGGCUAUCCUGACCUCAGCCUGGUCAGCUGGAAACUCCUUCCUCUACUCGGGUAGUCGUAUUCUCUACUCCAUGGCACUCAGCGGCCAGGCCCCCAAGUUGUUCCGCAUCACCAACCGAAACGGUGUUCCUUGGGUUGCUGUUCUUGCAACUUGGUCCAUUGGUCUCCUAGCCUAUCUCAACGUUUCCAACUCUGGCGCCGAAGUCUUUACCUGGUUUACCAAUAUCUCCACCAUCUCCGGUUUCAUUGCCUGGAUCAUUGUUAUGAUCACCUACUUGCGUUUCCGCCGUACCAUGAUCUACAACAACCUCUUCGACAGCCUACCCUACAAAACCCCGCUGCAGCCAUACGCGACGUAUGCUACACUGGGCGUCGUCAGUGUCCUCACAAUUACCAAUGGAUUCCAAACUUUCAUGCCCUUUAAUGCUAAGAAUUUUGUGGCUGCAUACAUUACGUUGCCCAUUUUUGUCAUCUUGUAUAUUGGCCACAAGAUUUGGUUCCGGACCUCCCUGUAUAUCCCAGUCGACCAGAUCGAUGCCAUCACAGGCAAGAAGGAGAUGGAUGAGCUGGAGGCCAUGGAAGAGCCGCGUAUCGCCAAGAACUGGUUGCAGAAGGUAUGGUACUGGCUUGCAUAG